AUGCAAUUUAUUGAAUUUGUAAAAUCGUACCAAGAUGAUGCUGGACCUUCAACUUCUUCAAAUUCCUUAAUUACAAAUUCACAACUGAGAUUUUCUUACAAACCUGAAAUGAUUAAAUGGGAAAAUAAAUUUUUUGAAAUUGACGAAAAAGAGGAGGAAGAAGAAGAGGCAAUUUUGUCACAAUUUCUUAAUGAGCAACAACAAAAUUCAAAACAAAAUAAUUAUUUUGAAUGUCAAACAAGAUUUGUUAAUUUGCCUGUCCAUGGAUGUAAAAUGGCUUUACCUGAAGGAAGUACUUCAAAAAGUUCGACAUUAUGUGAAGAAAUACAUAUUCCUCCCCCAAUUGAUAAUAAUAAAAAAUUUUUGGCCAAUUUCCCCCGUUUAAAAAUUGAUGAACUUGAUGAGUUUGCGCAAACAGCCUUUGAUGGAAUUAAAUCUUUAAAUGUCAUUCAAUCUCAAGUUUUUGAUCAAGCUUAUAAUACUUUGAAUAAUUUAUUGAUUUGUGCUCCAACGGGUGCUGGGAAAACAAAUAUUGCAUUAUUGACCAUUUUGAGAACAAUUCGUGAUAAUCGAACAAAGAAUGGAAAAAUAAAUAAAAAUGCUUUUAAAGUAAUUUAUUUGGCACCAAUGAAAGCAUUAGCAACAGAAAUGACCAGCAAUUUUUCUAAACGGUUGGGCCGCCUUGGAUUGAAAACACGUGAAUUAACUGGAGAUUCCCAAUUAAGUAGAAAAGAAAUUCAAGAAACACAGGUACUUGUUUUAACACCAGAAAAAUGGGAUGUUAUAACACGCAAAAGCGAUGAUGAAGAACUUAGCCAAUUAGUUCGUCUUUUAAUUAUUGACGAAGUUCAUUUGUUACAUGAUGAUCGUGGACCUGUAAUUGAAGCAAUUAUUGCAAGAACACUUAGAAGAAUUGAAGUUUAUCAUCAAAAUAUUCGAAUUGUUGGACUCUCUGCAACUUUACCAAAUUAUAAUGAUGUAGCAACAUUUUUACGUGUUGAUCCAACUCAAGGACUUUUUCAUUUUGAUGGACGUUUUCGUCCUGUUCCGCUUGCUCAAACUUUUCUCGGUGUUCGAGACUCUGAACGUCAAGCCAUUGUUUUACAACGGGAAAGGGAAAAAGCUAUUCGUAAAGGAGAAAAACCACCAACAAAAAUUUCUCAAAAUAAAUUGAUGACUCAAAAAGAAAUGAUGGAUGAAGUUUGUUAUCAAAAAUGUGUCAAAUUUCUUUAUGAUAAACACCAAGUUUUAAUUUUUGUCCAUUCAAGAAAUGCUACUGGACAAUUGGCUAGAACAUUUAUUGAUAAAGCUGCUAAUUCUAAUCAAAGAGAAUUAUUUCUUGUUGAGAAAGGAGGGGAGGUUACUAGUUCUUAUUUGAAAGCUAAAAAAGCGAUGAACAAUGCUCAAAGCAGAGAGUUACAAUUUCUUUUUCAAUCGGGUCUUGGUAUUCACCAUGCGGGAUUAACACGUCACGAUCGCCAUUUGAUGGAAAAAAUGUUUACGGAAGGUGCAAUUCGUGUAAUGAUGUGUACAGCAACGCUCGCUUGGGGAGUUAAUUUACCUGCUUAUGCAGUUAUUAUACGAGGAACAGAAAUAUUCGACCCGCAAAAGGGUAUUUUUACUGACAUUGGUAUUUUGGAUGUACAACAAAUUUUUGGAAGAGCGGGACGACCACAAUAUGAGGAUAUGGGUAAAACAAUAAUAGUUUUUGAUUUAAUAUUGGGAGAAUUGGAAUUUGAACCCUUCACAAAUCUCUUUGGAAAAAUUCACAGAGAACAACCAUUUUUGGAGGUAUCCGAUUCAAAGCACGACUGA